AUGACGACAGAAGAUACCAACCGCAAUUACCAAAGUUUCGACUUUCUGAAUGUGCUGGGCCAGAUCUUCUUGGCCGUAUUUGUUGGAAGCACAGGUAACAUAUGAUUUUACCCAUACCAUUUAAAGUAACAUGCCAUUCUAGUUUACCAUGUAACAUAAUUUCACUUUGAAAUAAUUUUCGGCUUUAUUUUAAAUUCUUUAGUUAUAUUAUCUAACUCAGUAAUCUUAGCAUACUUUAGCGUUCGUUUUUGGCAGUACAAGUGCAGACAUCGAGUACGGAAACAGUACUACAACAGUGCACGUCUCAGAUGUCAAUCCAAUUGCGGUUGAUUUUUAUGCCAUUUUGACAAGUAUUAUUAUUGCCGUCAUUCAAGGAGAAAGUAAGUCUUAUUACAAUCCCAGUAAUACAUUUGGUUGUCUAGCUAAACCCUAGCCUAAAAUGUUCCAGAGCGUAAGCCUAACUUUUGAACACUGUCUAAAAUACUUAAACGUAUAUAAAACAAGAAAUUAAAGUAUUCUACAGGUCUGACAGCCUUCCGAGUGUUCCGCCAUGACACAAAACUCGUCCCUACUUUAUAUCGACUGCCACUUAACAUAGCCUCCUCCAUCUUUGCCAUAUUACACUUGAUCGCUUUAAUCAAUCACCCCACCACAGAGAAUGUGAAUGCUUUCACCAACUUCUACUCCUGGAUAUCCAUCAUUAUAGCCGUUGGCUAUGCCAUUCAAGUAAGACAACACUUUACGAUAAAAAGCUAUUCAAUAUACAUUACAAUAUUCCAUUAUAGGAAAGAGAGAUUUUGCGCCUACUGCGUAUCAUCAUGAUAUAACAGUAAAACGUUUAAAAAUCUCAUGUUUGAUUAUAAAUACCUCAUUUUAGACUCUGUUCACAUUAUUUUCCGUGUUUUUCCCGCGGAAUUCAAAACAUUUGAAAGAAGGCUUCCACCCCGCCCACAAAGUCUACAGUAACUCGCUGUUCGCACUUACAGUACUACAGAUAUUCAUUGGAAUGGCGUUUUAUAGUCAAGCACUAGGCGAGUAAGUACAAUAUCAUACAUAAGAUCAUGAAGUGUAUUAUAGUACAAUAAAUUAUAUAAUAAUAUAUUACACAUUGUUAGUGUACUACAGUAAAUAAGUGUCAGAUACACUGAAUAAGAAAACUCAUCAUUUAACAAAAAAACAAAUAACAAUUGCAGGUGCUACGCAAACUUCACAUGCGAAAACGAUGUAGACGUACUUCUGAAUGUAUCAAUGAUAUGUCUUUUGGGAUACGGUCUCAUCACAUCUACAGUAUCCAUCAACAGCCACUGGCGAGUGAGUAACAACGAUGACUAA